UCUCCUUCAGCUUUGAAGUUUGAGCUUUUCUCCAACCCCACAAACAAACAUAGUUUGAGAAGGAAAGGAUUUGAGAGAAAAACAAAAACUUUUUUUAUUCAAAUAGUAUGAGUAAUUGGUUGGGGUUUUCCCUCACCCCCCACCUCAGGGUCGGCGGCGGCGAAGAGGCGGCGGAGGAAAGCAAUGGCGGCGGCGGUGGAAGCGGUUGCUUGCCUCCUCAUAUUCCAUCCAUGCCUCUGCGCUCUGAGAAUUAUUGGAGAUAUGACAAUGAGAUGAAUGGAUCAAACCCAAAUGAAGAAGAAGUCCCAAAAUUCGAAGAUUUCUUGGGGUGUUGCUACUCAAAUUCACCUCAAAAUGAACCGGGAGAGAUCAACAUGAACAUGCCGCCAAAUUUCGAUGAUCAAAAGAGGGAAGAAGGCUUCAGCAAUCCGCCUCUGUUUUACCCGCCGUAUCAGUACGCCGCCGCCGGAGCUUACUUCGGCGGUGGAGGGCUCAAGACAUGGCUGGAGAAGCCGGCGGCGGAGGGCGGCGAUCUUCAGGCUCUUUCUCUGACCGUGCAUCCGAGCUCUCAGGUGGUGGCGCCGCUGCAGGCGGUGGCGGAGGGGAAGAAACGGGCGGUGGCGAAGUCCGGGGCGGCGAAGGAGGCCGUGCCGAGAAAAUCGAUUGAUACUUUUGGGCAGAGAACUUCUCAGUAUCGCGGCGUUACUAGGCAUAGAUGGACAGGUAGAUAUGAAGCUCAUUUAUGGGACAAUAGUUGUAGAAAGGAAGGGCAGACAAGAAAAGGAAGGCAAGUGUAUCUUGGGGGAUAUGAUAAAGAGGAGAAAGCUGCCCGGGCUUAUGAUCUUGCCGCCUUGAAAUAUUGGGGACCAACCACUCACAUAAAUUUCCCACUAAGUGACUACGAGAGGGAGCUCGAGGACAUGAAGAGCAUGACUCGGCAAGAAUUUGUAGCCCAUUUGAGAAGGAAAAGCAGCGGAUUCUCGAGAGGGGCAUCGAUGUACAGGGGAGUAACAAGGCAUCAUCAACAUGGGAGAUGGCAAGCCAGAAUUGGAAGAGUUGCAGGCAACAAGGACUUGUACCUUGGUACUUUUAGCACGCAGGAGGAAGCCGCGGAAGCCUAUGACAUUGCCGCGAUCAAGUUUAGAGGGACGAGCGCGGUCACGAAUUUUGAUAUAAGUAGGUACGACGUGAAGAGGAUCUGCUCGAGCUCGACCCUGAUAGCGGGAGACCUAGCCAAGCGGUCCCCAAAACACCCGGAGCUCGCGGGCGUUGAAGACUACAACUCUUGCGCUUCGUCGGCUUCGCCUCAGGCUCCGUUGCUGAUAACCAAUGGCGAGGAGAGAGGCGAAGCUGAGGAGCUCGCUGACAUGAUGUGGAAUGCCAACCCGGAAGACAACCGGGCCACCAAGGAUGACGCUCAACCGGGCCAGGGGCAGGGGAGUGGCGAAUCGCCGGGCCCACACAUGAGCCCGCCCCGGAUGGACCAAGUGAUCGGAGAUGGGGGUGGGUAUUCGCGGGGGUAUUUCUUGGAGGGACAGAAGUACGUGGACGUGGGGUGCGAUCUCGGUGGUUCGGGCCGGGCCGAGCCCGAUGUGGGAUUGGUGCAAGAGGCUCCUACAUUUGCUUUGUGGAGUGAGUGAAUGGUAUUCAGACAAGACUUAGAUCAUGAUAGGGUUGGUGUUAGGAUUUUGUCAACUUUUGUAGGAAAAUACACAACUUAUUGUGGCUCAAGUGAUGUAGAUGGGAAAAAGGGGAGAUGAUUUUGCAAUGGAUGAUGUCUUUUUUGUGUAAGUUGAGAAAUGAAACCAAGUUUUUUGUUGGUUA